GAUUUUAUUUAAUUGUAUACGCAGAAGUGAAAGAACUGCGUUUGCCGAAGAAGGUGCCACUACCAAUGUAUUGCGUUCAAAACCAACGGCAGUGACACAAAUUUGUGACCGUAACCUCUGGAUCGAAUUAAUCGCUUCAAGAUCUUUAUAGAACUCAAAGAUGUGUCUCAAAGUGCUUUUCGUGUGCGUUAUAUUGAACAUAAUCGUGCUGACACUAUCCGAAACCGAGUUAUUUCCAUCACGAACAUAUUGUGGGCUCCAACAUACUGACGAUUAUGUAAGAGACAACCCCGGAAUCUCUCUAGACGAAUUUCCAUGGAUUGCACAAUUGCUGUAUGACGAGGAUAAGACUGUAAAAUGUGUAGGAUCUUUGAUUAAUCGUCGUUAUGUGCUGACGGCCGCACACUGCUUGAAAGUGAGACGUACAAAAGUAACAGGGAUCCGAUUAGGUGACUACGAUGUAACUUCCGAUAAAGAUUGCGUUAACGAGACACGAUUUGGUGAAGAAUGCAGUGAUCCUACUGAAGAAUUUGAUAUUGAAGAAAUCAUCCCGCAUCCAGGACAUAGCCUUCGAACUGGCGUACACGAUAUAGGACUGAUCCGCUUGUCUAAAAAUGUGGAUUAUUCCGAAUAUAUACGUCCGAUAUGCCUUCCGGCAGCUACCAGCUUGGAUUUGCCAGACGGAGUAGCACUGGCCGUAUCUGGCUGGGGACUCACGGAACAUGGGGGAAAAUCGGCAAAAAUAAAAAAGAAAAUUUCCGCGCAUUUACUUCCUCUGGAGACCUGUCUUGCACUUGUCCAAGACUCUAUAAAAAUUGUCACCACAAACCAUUUGUGCGUGUCAGAGGAUAAGACCACUUUUACUUGCCAAGGUGAUAGUGGAGGUCCUUUAAUGCUAUCCGUCAAAAAUCAGUGGAGUGGAGUUGGAAUAGUUUCAUUCGGCAAAUUUUGUGGAACUGAUGAUCCUGGCGUCUAUACAAAAGUAUCCAGUUAUUUGGACUGGAUUAAACAAAAUGUUCGUAAAUAAUAAUCUACAGUGAAAUGAUUGAAAUAAUGUUCACGUUUUAGUAUAUGGCAUGCAGUGCAGUUUACGUUAUGUGAUUUUGUUUACGAUUUUUCAUACGAUUAUUCAUUUCGUUUUGUUGGGAGGUUUUCGGUUUACAUUAUACGAACGAAUUAUACCAACAAUCAGGAAUAAGUAGGAUCGGAUCCGAAAACGUUAUACAUAUUACGUAACGUAAAAUCACAUAAUGUAAACUGCAUUUUAGAUUAAUAUGAUGAUGUUUAUUUAAAUUUUACAUAUGAAACCAGCAUCAGUAAAUGUCAUACAAUCGUAAAAUUUACGAAAGCUGCCUGCUAAAAACUGUAAUUAAUGAUGCAAAUUACUAAACAUGUCAUUGAUGGCCUGUUGGAUUAAAAAUAUGUUAUUUUUAUACAGUACACAUUGGAAUUGUAUGUAAUAUAGCAGAAGGCCUAACUUUGUGACCGAUCAGCUGUAAACUCGAUAGUAAAUAAUAGCAUUUUCUUUU